AUGAUACCAAAUUUGUAUAGAGUUAAUAAAACGAAGCUACCCCGCGUUUUAGCGAGAUCCGUGAGAUUUCAGCUGUCGCUUGCUAUUCAUAGAUACGAUGAUAACUAUACAACUUUGGUAUUUGAUGGAGAUAGGUCAAUUCUGUUCAGUAACAUCUUUCUCCGUGAUUCAUGCAGGGAUCCUAAGUCUGUAGACACUUACUCGAGCCAGAAGCUUUUCACCACAGCAGAAAUCGCAAAGAAUUUGUCCAUUAACUCACCUCCCCGGAUUAGAAAAUCACCAGAUUCAAGCGAGUCUGUUUUAGAAAUAGAAUGGCUCCAAAACGGAAAACUCCAUCUUUCCCAGUACCAGGAGACGUUCUUGAGAGAGUACAUUGAUGCUGAGUCAAGGCAAGCUGGUAAAUUCUUUGAAGGUGAAAGAACAAUAUGGGACAACAAGGAACUCGUUGGAAACCUUCCCAGCAUACAAGCUGAUUACAAGAAGUACUUGGAACUGGAUUCUACUUUCUUUGAAACAGUCAGAAGCCUCAACAAGUUUGGUUUGGCAUUUGUAAACGACAUUCCGGAACCUUCAGCCGAGCUUCAGAAACUGGGAAUGAAUGAAAAGAAUGCCGCAGAAUGGCCGGUGUCAAAGCUUGCUAACAAAUUUGGUUAUAUCAAGAAGACAUUCUAUGGUACUUUAUUUGACGUUAAAAACGAAAAGGAGGAGGCAAAGAACAUUGCAAACACAAACACAUUCUUGCCGUUGCACAUGGACCUCUUGUACUACGAAUCGCCGCCAGGAUUGCAAUUGCUUCAUUUCAUCAAGAACUCUACAACAGGCGGAGAGAAUGUCUUCUGCGAUUCCUUCCUUGCGGCUGAACAUGUCAAAAAUGUAGAUCCAACAGCAUAUGUUGCUUUGACGCUUGUCCCCAUUACCUAUCAUUAUGAUAACAACAACGAGCACUAUUUCUUCAAGAGGCCUUUGGUAGUGGAAGAAGUGAAAGGCGAUACGGCUCGUAUCAAAGAAGUCAACUACGCUCCACCAUUUCAAGGGCCAUUUGAGUUUGGAAUAACCAGAAAUGACUCCGAGAGGGAAGGAUUGUUUUUGGCUAAAGAUACCACAGACGGUCUUUUGUUCCAGGACUUUAUCAGAGGAUUCCAGCUCUUCGAAGACUUCAUCAACGACCCCGUGAACCACUACGAAAUCAAGAUGCCAGAAGGCUCUUGUGUUAUAUUCGACAACAGAAGAGUUCUCCACUCCCGUCUUGGAUUCAGUGACUCCAACGGAGGAGAUAGAUGGCUCAUGGGAACCUAUGUAGACGGCGAUAGUUUCAGAUCCAAGUUGAGAAUGGGCUUCAGACACUUGAAAGAAGCUAUGUAA